AUGUUCUUGCUCUUCUUGCUCUCUCCGAUGGUUCAAUCUGAUCCAGUGCAUAUGCACCUCAAAUUCGACUGCCCCUCUGAUAUUGGCGCCUGGUGUGGUAACUUGGUAGUCUACGAAGAAGACUACAUUGAGCACGACAUAAUGAAAAAUGAAAGUUUCUGUGGGGAUGGUGGUCAGGAGUUCCGGUAUGAAGUAAACUCCACUGGACUAUUUCGUUCGAGUGGAGAUUUAUCGCCGAAGUACGAGUUCACCUAUCAAAUUAAACACAACUGUACCUCUGGCCAGGAACAAUAUUUGUGCUUCAAACCAAAGAAAGCCAAGGAUAUCAGCGUAUAUGAAGUAGGAUAUGUGGAUUUCGCUGCUGACUUGUUCAAUACGGGAACCAAUGUCGAGCGUUGCGAUGAUCCCACUUCUUGGAAAUCAAAAAUUGAAUAUUGGAAACAAAUUUUCUCAUUCGAAUAA